CAAGCUAAUUUCAUUUUACUGUUUUUUUGCUUCGCUCCAGAUACCGGUAAAAAAAAGAGCGUGUUUUCAGGCAGUUGUCUGCAAGCACUGGUUACGUGGACUGUGCAAAAAAGGCGACCAGUGCGAGUUUUUGCACGAAUAUGACUUAAGCAAAAUGCCCGAGUGCUUUUUCUUCUCCAAAUAUAUGGCGUGCAGCAAUCGUGAAUGCCCUUUUCGGCAUAUUGACCCGGAAAGCAAAAUCAAAGAUUGCCCAUGGUACGAUCGUGGAUUUUGUCGACAUGGACAGUUCUGUAAGCAUCGACAUCGCCGACGGGUCCUUUGUCCGAAUUAUUUGGCCGGUUUUUGCCCGGAUGGUAAGGAAUGCAAAUACGCUCAUCCAUCGUUCAGUAUUCCGCCGGCUGAUCCAUCACAGUCUUUACGGGCACGAGGACAGUACAAUCAUGGCAUAGUGUGUCACAAUUGUCACGAGAGAGGCCAUAAAGUAACUUUUUGUUCUUUAUUCAUUCCCAGAUUUCAGCAGGAGUAUCUUUUCUGUUAG